AGACCCUGUCCAGGCUCCAAUUCACUUCUCUCAUGGGGGAAAAAAAAGCCCUGAAAGUUCUGGGGCAAAGUUUGGCGGGUCGAGAGAGUUACAGGGACAGGGUAAAGGACAGGCAGCGAAAGAGAGUCGGGUAACGGAUUGCAGUUAUUCUGGCACAUUCCAAUACAAUCAAGGAAAGUCAGCAACGAACCUCCUAAAUCCCCAACAGGUCCCACAAAAGGGAAGAAAAAAAACGCCGCAGCGUCUGCACCGGCUCCGUGGCCGAACCUGACAUUCUGAAACUGAACAGAAGAAAUCAACGUCUCGGACACGGAGGGAGUUACACAUCCUCAAGGCCUUUGAGCAACCCUCGGAAAGAAGACAUUAAGAAAUUGUCACUAACACUAGCCACUGAGGACUCGCAGAAAAUCAGAGCAAAACUAUUGUUGUUUCUUUUUUAAAGAAAACUCUCGAGGGAAUUAGGAAAAUUCGCCUAUUUUGAACUGGACAGGUGUAUUCGGAGAGAAUCCAAACUUCCAGAAGGUGCCCAGCCCUGUCAGAGGCCAAACCACAAUCUCCUAUCCCAACCUGCCCUCCAGUAAGAGAAUACAUCAUUCAGCAACAUCAAAAAGCCCGCAGUUUAAACAGCCCCGGGAUGUUGAGGAACAUCUGGAGAGCCCGGAAGCUAUUGCUGGUCAUCUUGAUCCCUCUUCUGUUGUUACCCCUGCCUGUCCUCUACCCUGACAGUCCUGAAGCUCAAUGUGCAUAUGUCCUGAUAGUCACCGCAGUAUAUUGGGUCUCUGAGGCCGUCCCACUCGGUGCAGCAGCAAUGGUUCCUGCCUUUCUCUUUCCAUUAUUUGGAGUCUUAAAGGCCAGUGAAGUUGCAUCAGAAUACUUCAAGGACACUACAUUACUGCUGAUUGGUGUCAUUUGUCUGGCUGCUUCCAUUGAGAAGUGGAAUUUGCACAAGAGGAUUGCCCUUCGUAUGGUGAUGUUGGCAGGUGCCAAACCGGGGAUGUUGGUGCUUGGCUUCAUGUGCUGUACUGUAUUCUUGUCCAUGUGGCUCAGUAACACUUCUACCACUGCUAUGGUCAUGCCAAUUGCAGAAGCUGUGCUGCAACAGCUCAUCAACACCAGCCUGGAAUCCGAUGUCGAAUUAACUGUAAUCACAGACACUGACAGCUUAGAAGACGCUUACACUAGUUCUGGCUCCCAUAAAUGUGAAGAUGAGAAUGAGAAGAAACAGCUGGAACUAAUCUAUCUUAAAGAAAAUGCAGCAAAGAAGAACCAACUUGACCAGAAAACGCUGACUGAUCCAGAGGGGCAGAACCAGAUUAAUCCCAUUAAGGAAUACAGCAGUAAAUACAAAACCAAGCAUGACCACAUGAUCUGCAAGUGCUUGUCACUGAGCAUCACUUAUGCUGCCACAAUUGGAGGCCUCAUGACCAUCACUGGAACCUCAACCAACCUCAUCUUUGCUGAACAAUUCAACAAUCGCUACCCAGAAUCACGAUCUAUCAACUUUGGAACAUGGUUCGUAUUUAGUUUCCCCAUUGCCAUCAUCAUGUUGGUACUGACAUGGAUCUGGAUGCAUUGGCUUUUCCUGGGAUGCAAUUUUAAGGAAACAUGUUCUCUUAGCAAGAAGAGGAAGACAAAACGUGAGGAAAUGUCUGAAAGGAGAAUUCAAGAAGAAUAUGAAAAAUUGGGGCCAUUCAGCUAUCCAGAAAUGGUGACUGGAAUUUUUUUUGUGCUGAUGACAUUAUUAUGGUUUACCCGGGAGCCAGGAUUUGUCCCUGGAUGGACAUCACUCUUCGAGAGGAAAGGCUAUAGGACAGAUGCCACUGUUUCCAUCUUCCUGGGGUUUCUUCUCUUCUUGAUUCCUGCUAAGAAACCAUCUUUCCCCUGUUAUGGCAAAAUGAAUGGCGAUGAGGAAAGUGCGAAAGACACAAAGAAUCUGAAUGUCUCAAAGGAUCCCAACCCACUGGCACCACUGAUAAAUUGGAAAGACUUUCAAAAGCACAUGCCAUGGGAGAUUGUCAUCCUUGUGGGAGGGGGCUAUGCCUUGGCUGCAGGCUGCAAGGUGUCUGGCUUAUCUGAUUGGAUUGGUCGUCAGAUGGAACCAAUGAGUAACCUCCCUGCAUGGGCUGUGACAUUGAUUGCUUGUCUUUUGGUGUCAGUUGUCACUGAAUUUGCAAGUAAUCCAGCUACCAUCACAGUUUUCCUACCAAUUCUUUCCACGUUGUCUGAAACUCUGCAGAUUAAUCCCUUGUACACAUUGAUACCAGCCACAAUGUGUGUGUCCUUUGCUGUGAUGCUGCCUGUUGGUAAUCCACCAAAUGCCAUUGUCUUCAGCUAUGGGCACUGCCAGAUUCAGGACAUGGUGAAAGCUGGAUUUGGAGUGAAUGUGAUUGGGGUGGUUGCUGUGAUGCUGGCUAUCACCACCUGGGGAUUUCCUCUUUUCCAACUUGAACACUUCCCUGAAUGGAUUUCUACUAGCAACAUAACAAGAGGCCUUUAAUCAGGAAUCGCAGGACAAGAGACACAAUGAGACUGCACAAAAGACAGAAAUAAGCCUGAAAAUCACUUGAUCAAUGAUGACCUAUUUCAGCAGGGAUAACAAUCAUUAUUCAGAUUGCACACCACAUUAAAGAGUGCAAAUAUAGUUUGCACAACCCCUUCACCUCCCCUCAUUUGGCAGCUUCAAACUUGGGAGCAUUUGAUAAAUCCAUUUGAGGAGUGUUGCAGCUUUUUAUUUCACCUUUGGAAAAGUUUCUGGGGCAUGGAAUUUUAAAGCUUUUGCAAAUUAUGUUUCUAAUCUCUAAUUCUUGCAAUGGUGGUGACCCAUGGAAAAAUUCAGUUCCAUCGGCUUCGGCUCCUUUCUUAAGUAAUUAUUUGUCACAUAUGGCCCAAAACAAGGGAGUUUGACUAUAUGAGACACCAUGGUCAUGAGUGAUCAUGCUGCCUCCUCACUCAGUACUUUUUCCAAAAGGGAUCAUGUAUUAGCAGUCAGGAGCAUUAACCCUGGUUUUCCUUUCUAAUCUUGGGGUACAGAGGCUGAUUGCAACAUUUCCCCUCUGCUCUUUACAUAGCCUGGGGUUUGUAUAAGAGACAUUCCUGGUCAGUCCGAUCCCUAAUAUCACAGCUUACUACCCCCUUCAAAGAGUUAUUUUUUAAUCAAGGAACUGAUGGCUUUGCAAUGGAUUAAACUUAAUUUUGUAUAGUUUAAGAGCAGUGACUACCAUGGGAACAUAUCCCUGGAGUGAUGUAUAACUAUGUGUAUGUCAGCUUAACAUACACAUUAGAAACAUUCCACUGCUGACCCAGGAAUGUUUAACAAUGUCCCUAGAUGCAUAGUUCAGAAACAUAUCUCAUAGUGCUACCACAUGUUUAAACUACAGGUGGUUUCAUCACACAGACUGAACUCUGGUUUAACACUGAGUUCAGAUAUUGUUCUUAUUAAAACAGAAGUACUGUAAAUGUCUCAUUGUAUGAAUACUGCCUUGGGGUAAAUUCAACUGGGGACAGCUCCUCUGAAAAUCCUUCAGGAUGCCAAUAAUGCUAUGCCAUAGCAGGUCCUCUAUCUGCUAGAGAGUCAAGCUUACAGUGUUUUUUUAAAAUGUUUUUAAGUCAGUCUUAAGAGAAAACUAAUAAACAUAUAGAACAAGGUGCAAUUGACACUGCAUUGAUUUAGUCAUUAAAUGAAUUAUGUCAUCCUGCCUUGCUGUCUCUGUUUAGGAUACCCUGCAAUGAGAAUAUAAUGAUUUGAACUAUUGAGCUCAAGUUAAUACUGUAGGUUGGUUUUGACACAAGCUACUGACCGUUGGACACAGAAGAUCACCUCUCUUAAGUGGCUGUCAGAGUCAAAUGAACUGAGUCUCAGCCUGUUCCCUUCAGGAUCUAGUCCACAGUGCAAAACUGCCAGUCCUUUUGCAAAAAAGAUUAAUUUCACAAUGAGGGAUUGUCUGAUAGGAAUGCAUUUAAGGGUGAAGCCAAGACACAUUAGGAGGGCAAAUGUGAGGUUAUUUUACUCUACAGCUAACAUGACAAAAUCUAAACUAGGGUUGUUGUUUGCAGACACCAAAUUGGAUGAUUAAAAUUGGAAAUUGUUCCAUUCUCCAGUACUAUAUGCAUCACCCCAAGCACAAAUGUUAUCAAUUUAAUACCUAAGAAAUGUAGAUGCAAAAUAUGAGAGUUUCAGGUCAAGUCACAACAUGAACUUCAUAACAGCAAAGAAGUAACUAUGAAUCUUAUUGCUAAGACACAGUCAGAAAACAAGAAACAACUUCUCUCCACAGUCUCACAAUUAUCAACCCACUGUUGUUGAGCAGUGGGAAAGUUGAGGAAGGAAUAUUAACUUGAAAAAGAUUUAAUAUCACUUUAAAAACCACUAACAUUUAAUAUCACACUAAGAAGCAGUAAUAAUAAUCUGUAACUCCAUGGAGAAGCAAUAGAUUACCUUUGUGCCAAUGAGAAUUUCAAUGACAACCACAGCAGUAACUCAGUUCUAAAAUGGCACAGUACAUCUUUCCUGAAUUUGAUGUCCUAUUAUACAUACUGCCCUUCACUUUUUAAAAAUAAUUUCUAUGGUUAAACCUGUUCCGUGGAAAUGCUGUCAGUUAUUGGCAAAAGAGACAUAUUGUAUUUGUGCUUUUUUUUGUAUUCUUUUGCUUCUCAGAUUAUCAUAUUUAGAAACAUUGGAGCCCUAGUAGGCCAUUCAGCCCAUCGUCUUUCUUCACAAUUCAGCACGAAGAUGGCUAAUGCCUUUUUUCCACAUUAUCCCCUUAUCCCUUAACAUCAUAGCUAUUUAGAAAUCUGUCAAUCACCACUUUAAACAUGCUCAAUAACUGAAUUUCCACAAACCCAAAGGUUCAUGACCCUCUGGGCAAAAUAAUUUCUCAUCAUUUUGGUCCUAACUGGCUUGCCCUUAUUUUAAAAUUGUGUUUCCUGAUUCCAAAUCCUCCAACCAGAGCUAACAUCUUAUCUAAAUCUACACUGUUUAUUCCUUUAAGUAUUUUGUAAGUUUCAACGAGAGCACCUCUUGAUUCUUGAAAACUCUGAAGAAUGCACACAGUUUCCUCAAUCUCUUUUCAAAUGACAGUCAUGCCAUCUCAGGAACAAAUCCGGUGAAUCUUCCUUGCACUGUCUCUCUGUUUUCUAAGGUAAGGGAAUCUAAACUACAUAUUUUUCUCUAGUGCAUUUCUAACCAAGGCUCAAUACAAUUUAAGAAAUACUUCACUGCUCCUGAACACAAAUUCUCCUGCAACAAAGGCUAAUAUACCAUUAUCUUUUCUAAUUGUUUGCUACAUCUGAAUAUUAGCUUUCAAUGAUUGUUGACAAGGGCACACAAGUUCCUUUGUACAUAUGCAAUUUUAAUCUCUUACCAUUUAAGAAAUACCCCACUCAUCUGUUCCUCCUACCAAAGUGGGUAAUCUCACAUUUUCCACACGGUAUUCUAUCUUCCAUGCUUUUGCCCACUUACUAUAUCUAUCCAAUCCUCUUGAAGCCACUUGGCAUCUUCACAGCACACAUUCUCACCAAGUUUUGUUCCUGAGAAUGGAGAUGUUACAUUUUGUUCCCGAAUCCUAAUCAACGACAUAUAUUUUGAACAGCUCUAGCCCAAGUAGUGAUCCUUGCAGUACUCCCCUACUCAACAAACUGCUAAUCCGAGAAUGAUUUUUUUCUGCUCAUUAAUCUGUCUUUAAACCAUGCCAGAAUAUUGUCUGCCAUCCAAUGAGCUUUAAUUUUGUUAACAAACAUCCUGUGGGGGAAUAUAUCAAAAGACUUCUGAAAAUCCAAAUGCAUUAUGUCCACCAACUCGCUUUUCUCAAUUCUGUUUGUAACAUCUUCAAGAUAAUGGUUGGUCAAUCAUGAUUUCCCAUUGACAAAUCCAUUCUGAUUAUACAAAUCAGAUAAUUAUUAUGCAAGAAUCAAUUUAACACAUCCUCUAUAGUAAAUUCUAGCAUUUCUCCUACUUCAAAUCUGAGGCUUACAGGCCUGUAGCUCCUCAUUUUUUCAUUCCCUUUUUUGAAUACUGAAAUUACAAUCUGCUGGAGCUAUUCCAGAGUCUGCAGAACUUUGGAAGAUGAACAUCAAUGCAUCCACUGUCUCCAUAAUUACUUCUUUCAACACUUGAGAUGUAAAAUAUCUCCUCCCCGAAGUCAUCAACCCUUAGUCCUAUUAAUUUCUCCACAUAGCCUUUUCUCUAAAGUAAUUUCUUUCAAUUCCUCAUUCUCCCUAUCCUUUGGAUCUCCAAUUCUAGGAGAUUCCUUGUAUUUUCCUAAAUGAAGACAGACAUAAAACAAUAAUAUUCAGCUUCUUUGCCAUUCAUUUAUUCCCAUUUGAUAAAUUCUGCCUGUAAUGGAUCCACAUUUAUCUUAGGCAGUUUCCUCUUUUCAUUACCAACAUACUUGAGAAAACCAUCCCCGGCAUGCUCCAGAAUCUCAUCUUCUACAAGACAUUAGUGCCCAUUAGAGCAUCCAGUCUAUAUGUAGAUUGAAGUCACCCAUGAUUACUAUACUACUAAUGCACAGUGCUUUACCAUGUGUCCAUAUUACCGCAAUUAUUCAGUCGCCUAUACACAACAAUUACCAAUGUUAGGUCCUGUUUGCUGUUUUCAGCUCUAUCUAAACAGAUUCUGUACAUUGUUCUACAAAUCUGAGAUUGUGAGAUCCUCCCUUACUAGUGUAUGGACCCUAUCUCUUACUAUCAGUGAAAAUGUACCUCCUUUUCCUUUUUUGCCUGUCUUUCCUAAAUGUUGAAUAUCUUGAAUAUGCAGUUGGUCUGGCAUCAUCUGUGGAGAGAGAAAACAAAGAAAGAGAGAAAAUGUUUCAAGGAGGUGCAGUUCUGAAGAAGAGGCAUUGGAUUGGAAAUUCUGUGGAUUCUCUCCACAGAUGCAUCUAGUCUUAUUGAGUUCUUCCAGCAAUUUCUUUUUCCAGCAUCUGCAGUUCUUUCUGUUAUUUGAAUAUUCAGUUCCCAGAUUUGUUCACCCUGCAGCCGUGUUAUUGUAAUGAUGCCAUGUUACAUAAUUACAUUGUAUCCAUUUACCUAUAUUCGUGGCUUUAGGUCAUCUAUCUAUCUUGCUGCAACUGCUGAGUGCAUUUAUGUAGAGUUCCUUUCACUUUUUUUGAAGGCAUGUCACAUUCUAACUUAUAUCUAAUUUAAUAUUCCAAUUUUAGCUGCUGCAUGCCCUUGUUUGGCUUGCCUUCUAAUUUUCACUUGUCACUUUUCUACUUCCUGUUACCAGCUUUACCUCCUGUUUGAGCUACCCUUCAGGUUCCCAAAACCUGAAAAAUCACUUUAAGUCUCUUCAACAGCACCAGCAAAUUUCCCUGAUGCCCUCUGUUCUACCCCAAUUCUAGAGCCACUUGUUCAAUCAAUUUCCAUAUUCUUAUGUUCAUUAACAUGUCACACUGUGAUUAUUGCUCUUGAGGCUCUGCUUUUUAAUUAUCUUCUUAACUACAUAAAUUCUCCUUUCAGACCUCAUCGCCCUCCCUUGUCACUGAAGAAAGAAACAUAACUUUGUGAUGCAAAUUUAAUGAUACAGGUAGUUUACUACAAACAUGUUUUCGGCAGCUGUCUGGUCAAUACUGUUUCAUGUGAAUCAUUUAGUCAGAUGCAACACCCAUUAAUCUGUCCUCAGUCACAGGCUGAUAGAGAGAGAAAUCCAACUUUGCCAGGCAAUAUCACAUGCUUUCUGAAGAAGGGUCUUGACCCGAAAUGUCAAACUUUCCUGCUCCUCUGAUGCUGCUUGGCCUGCUGUAUUCAUCCAGAUUCAUACUGUUUUAUCUCAGAUUCUCCAGCAUCGGCAGUUCCUUCUAUCUCUGUAACAAUAUCACAUGCUCAUGAGUUAACCAAACAGCACUAGUGCAUUGAUGAUAUAGCUGGUCAGCACCAUAUCUACCUGGUCAGAUCUGGUAUGCUGACUAAUUUCCAUUCAACGUCAGUAUAGCAAUGACCAUAUCCCAUGAGUGAACGAAAAUAAUUUUUAAAACUGGUCAGUGCCAGUACAUCAGUGAACAUGGUAAGCUCCAGUACAUCAAUGAGUUAUCCCAUCAGAGUCAAUACAUUGGUGACAUAUCCAGUCAACCCUGAUAAAUCAGCUAGUUAUGUGGUAUGGAUCAAUACAUUAUAUUACAUUAGUGAGUUAUUGAGUCAGCAAGCAACACAACAUUCCGAUAGCUACAUCACUAAGUUAUCCACUUGGCUCCAGUACAUUGAUGAGUUGUUAGACUGGACCCAGUCACUUGGAAUAUAUCAAUGGAAAUAUCUGCUGUUUAGCUAAGCAACAUCAAUGAUUUUCCACAGAGUGCUAGUGUGCUAUCUCCUAGCACAGGCUGAGAAGAUUUUUCAUUUAACUUUUCAUUCCAAUAUACCUAAUAACAUAUUUCUAGCCUAUCAUUCUAUAUUAAAAUCACAAAGGAUUAUUUCAGAUUGUGACAAGGUCCCAAAGCAUUACAGUGGCUGAUUAUAAUUUUAUUAACCUUGGUGUAUUGAAGACUCAGGUCUAACUUAUGCUAACCACAUGACUUACUAAAAUCGAAACAUAGAGCAAUAUUUUAUCUAGAGACAGCAACUCUCACUUUGAGCUCAUUGCUUCCAUUCUCUUGAGGAUAUCAUGAGUAAGCCUGUCUUGUUUGACACCUUGGAUCUUACUCAUUACAGUCACCACUAUUCAUGUGAAAAGUCUUGUGACUUGCAGUUUGGCUCACGGUGGUUCGGAAAUGUUGUUCCUUCUGUAGAUGUUGAUAUUUCUACUCCUUCUCUCUGACAAAGUAGAUAAUUCAAUAUUUACUGUCUUGUAUAAACAUUCUCCUAUACCUGAACACUGAAAACAUAUUGAGCGAACAGAAGUCCAGAGUUCUGUUGAAGAUAAUAUGAGCUUUGGUGCUCAAAGAUGCAUAGUCUACUCAUGCUCUCCUUGUCACUGCCAUUCCAACCACCAAUCCCCACUCAUACAACUUUUGAAAGAAAGAGCUGCUUAUCUUUUCAAACCUCACACAGCACAAAACCAACUGAUGUUUCCUGCCUGAGAAAUUCAAAAGCUACCUGUUGUCUUGGGCAUUUUAAUUUUUCUGUCAUAACACAAGUUGAAACUGGAAUAAAGGUGCCAAGAUGUCCCUGCUCUCUUUGAAAUUUGCAUGAUUGCUCUUAUUUAUGGAUUUUAGUAGAAAUAUGUAUAAAUGCAAACGUUGUCCUCCGUUGGAACUUGGUGUUGCUCCUCUAGUGGGGAGUACAAACUGUAGAUCUGAGUGUGCUCAUCAUGUAAAAAAAUGUCUAGGAUCCUCGAAUGGCAUUCAUCUGCUCCUGUUCUGAAUCUGUUGCUGGGCCUAGCUGUCAAUACUUCAGUAUGUAAAGUAUAUAAAAUCUACUGCACCAUCUCAGCUAAGUAUCUUGAUGUUGUCUUUUCCAUUUUGUUAAUAUACAAGAGGAUGAGAGGACCCACUUGUUUAAAUGUUUGACACUAUUUCUGAAGACUAAGAAUAUAAAUGAAGAAGAAUCAUUGGAUAUUUUAGCAUGAAAUAUUUACAUUCAUUUAGAGUUUUAAGCACUGAUCAAUAAAUAUAA